AUGGCCAAGACGCCUGAAGAGCGGGCGGUCCCUUCUGAAUACCCCCUGCGGGUGCAGGAGGGCGACGCCCCUCCCGUGCGGAUAUUAGAGGAACUGGCCGCGUGUUGCCUCGUGACGCAGGCGAGCCACGUGGCCGGAGCGAGUCUUAGCCUCCCUGGCUCACCUUAUAACAUUCGAAAAGGGUCCCGGGGUAGCCACCAAUUCACCUGGCGGACCGCUAACGGCCGGCGCUUUGGCGACAAGAAGCCUCUGGUGCUGUCCACGUACCUGGACGCACAGGAGCACCUGCCAUACGCCGACGACUCCGCCGCGGUCACACCCAUGAGCGAGGAAAACGGUGCCAUCAUCGUGCCUGUGUAUACAACCCUGGGCUCCCGCCACAACUCCUACACUUCCCACACGUCCCGUAUUUCCUACACCUCCCACGGGGAUCUAAUCAACGGCAAGCCACCCACCAAAGAGUCUCAGCUCCUGAACAGGAUGGCCUCCCACGUCCCAGAGGACACGUCAAUGGAACAGGAGGAGGUGUUGCAGUUCAAGUUGAAGAACCCGGACGCCAACCCGUUCAUCGACCCCAUCCAGAAACACGCCGUCCUCGACAUGCGAGAUGUGAUGGUUCUCAAUGAGAUCAUUGAGCAAGCUGAGGCACAGGCGGGAAGACAGAGCCAAGCCAGUGAACAUGCAGACGAGGAGGAAGAGACUCUUAAGGAUAAGAUCAAGCGAAAAGUGUACGAAUACUUGAUGAAAAGCAUCGACCUCUUCUGUGUCUGGGACUGUUGUAGGGUUUGGGUCAGAUUUGCAGAAUUUGUUGAGACCAUUAUCUUUGAUCCAUUUGUGGAAUUGUUCAUCACUCUCUGUAUCGCCGUCAACACACUCUUCAUGGCCAUGGACCACUACGGCAUGAACAAGGAUUUUGAAAACUUCUUGAAGACUGGAAACUACUUUUUUACGGCCACCUUCAGUAUCGAGUGCUUCGCCAAAAUCAUCGCCAUGAGUCCCAAGUAUUACCUCCAAGAAGGGUGGAAUAUCUUCGACUUCAUCAUCGUGGCGCUGUCGCUACUCGAGCUGGGUCUUGCCAAUGUGUCUGGCCUGUCGGUGUUGAGGUCGUUUCGAUUGCUUCGUGUCUUCAAACUGGCGAAGUCUUGGCCGACGCUCAACCUCCUCAUUUCCAUCAUGGGUAAGACCGUUGGCGCCUUGGGUAACCUGACCUUCGUCUUGUGUAUUAUCAUCUUCAUCUUCGCCGUCAUGGGCAUGCAGCUCUUCGGCAAGAAUUACACAGACAACGUGAGCCGCUUCAAGCCGAGCGCCGACGGCCAACUGCCGCGCUGGAACUUCAUAGAUUUCAUGCACUCGUUUAUGAUCGUAUUCCGGGUGCUGUGCGGAGAGUGGAUCGAGAGUAUGUGGGACUGCAUGCUGGUCGGCGAUUGGCCAUGCAUCCCCUUCUUCUUAGCCACUGUCGUCAUCGGAAACUUGGUCGUACUGAACCUUUUCCUGGCCCUGUUGCUGAGCAGCUUCGGCGCCUCGAACCUGUCGGCGCCUGUGAGCGACGGAGAACCCAACAAGCUCGCUGAAGCUUUCGACCGCAUCGCCCGCUUCAAGCUGUGGGUGAAGCGAACGGCCAUGAACGGACUGAAGUUGGUCCGUUCCAAGCUCACCAACCAGAUAAGCGACCAGACUCCAGACCCCCGAGGCGUGGAGGCCGACGAGAUCCUCGCAGAUGGGCAGACCCUGUGCAAGAAGAUAGCCAAGGACCACACGCAGGUCGACAUCCCCAUGGACGGAAUCGACCUUGUAGACGGGAAGAUGAAGAACAACUCCGUCAUCAACAACAGCAAACACAUCGGCAACUCGAUCGGCAAGGACAACCGUGACGUCAUCGAGAACGACUACAGUAACAAGAAGAUCGUCCGACUGGAGGAGGACGCCGUCAGCAACAACUCCCUGGGCUCGCACAAGAACCAGAAGCUGAAGAGCGACAGCGGAAGCCACAAGGGGUCGACGGAAUCCCUCGAUGACGGAGAGGAGAAGAAAGAUGCCAGUAAGGAGGACCUCGAGGAUGAUUUCCAGGGAUCGAGUGGGGACGAGGAGAUGGGAGACGAGGAGAACGCCAUGCCCAUUAUGGACACCGGAAGUACCGUGGGCCUGGACUACCCUUCGGAGUGUUUCAAGGAGAGCUGUUACAUCAAGUGUCCCUGGUGCAGGGGCGACCCCGAAUCUCCGUUCUGGCAAGGCUGGGGCCACCUGCGUCUCAAGACCUAUCAGCUGAUCGAGAACAAGUACUUCGAAACGGCCGUCAUCACCAUGAUUCUGCUGUCCUCAAUGGCCUUGGCGCUGGAGGACGUCGAUCUGAAGGGCCGGCCGGCGCUCCAGGAUAUCCUGUACUACAUGGACAGGAUCUUCACGGUCAUUUUCUUCAUUGAGAUGUUGAUCAAGUGGGUUGCGCUUGGCUUCGCUAAGUACUUCACCAACGCCUGGUGUUGGCUCGACUUUCUCAUUGUCAUGGUGUCCUUGAUUAACCUUGUGGCAACCCUGGCCGGCGCAGGCAAAAUUCAGGCGUUCAAAACGAUGCGAACGCUACGUGCGCUGCGUCCCCUGAGGGCCAUGUCCCGGAUGCAGGGCAUGAGGGUCGUCGUGAACGCUCUCGUGGGUGCCAUUCCCUCGAUCGUAAAUGUGCUCCUCGUGUGCCUCAUCUUCUGGCUUAUCUUUGCAAUCAUGGGCGUGCAACUCUUCAACGGCAGGUACCACAAGUGUCUUAACGCUGAUAGUGUGAGGGUGAGCGCAGAGGAAGUGCCCGACAAAUCAAACUGCAUCAGGUUGAACUAUACGUGGGAGAACAGCGAGGUGCAUUUCGACCACGUGGGCAUGGCGUACCUCGCGCUAUUCCAGGUGGCCACGUGGAAGGGAUGGAUCCAGAUCAUGAACGACGCCAUUGAUGCCACUCAGCUGGAACAACAACCUCGGCGUGAGCACAACAUCUAUAUGUAUUUGUACUUCGUGUUCUUCAUUAUCUUUGGCUCUUUCUUCACCCUCAACCUCUUCAUCGGUGUCAUCAUCGACAACUUCAAUGAACAGAAGAAAAAGGCAGGAGGCUCACUCGAAAUGUUCAUGACGGACGAUCAGAAGAAAUACUACAACGCCAUGAAGAAAAUGGGUUCCAAAAAGCCCUUGAAAGCUAUUCCAAGACCACAGUUCCGCCCACAAGCCGUGGUGUUCGAGAUAGUGACCAACAAGAAGUUUGACAUGAUCAUCAUGAUUUUCAUCGGACUGAACAUGCUUACGAUGACUUUGGAUCACUACAAUAUGACCGAGGAAUGGAAGAUGGUGCUCGACUACUUGAAUCUCGUCUUCAUCUGCAUCUUCACCUCCGAAUGUGUCUUGAAGGUGUUCGCUCUCCGUUGGCACUACUUCAAGGAGCCGUGGAAUCUCUUCGACUUCGUAGUGGUCAUCAUGUCUAUCCUUGGCCUGGUGCUGAAGGACAUUAUCGAGAAGUACUUCGUUUCCCCGACGUUGCUUCGAGUGGUUCGCGUGGCGAAGGUGGGGCGAGUCCUGCGUCUGGUAAAGGGAGCCAAGGGUAUCAGGACGCUCCUCUUCGCCUUAGCCAUGUCCUUGCCCGCGCUCUUCAACAUCUGUCUGCUGCUUUUCCUCGUUAUGUUCAUCUUCGCAAUCUUCGGCAUGUCAUUCUUCAUGAACGUCAAACACACUGGGGCCUUGGAUGCUGUUUACAAUUUCGAAACUUUCUUCCAGUCAUUUAUAUUGUUGUUCCAAAUGAUGACGUCGGCGGGGUGGGAUGGUGUGCUAUCAGGGCUUGUUAAUGAAAAAGAUUGCAAAGCUCCAGAUCCAGAGCACGGCGAUCCUGGCAACUGCGGCAAUCAGGCGAUUGGCAUUGCGUAUCUAAUGGGCUACCUUAUAAUCAGCUUUCUCAUUGUUAUCAACAUGUAUAUCGCUGUUAUCCUCGAGAACUACUCCCAAGCAACAGAGGAUGUAGAGGAAGGUCUCACAGAAGAUGACUAUGAUAUGUACUACGAGAUCUGGCAAGAGUUCGAUCCAAAAGGCACUCAGUUUAUCGAAUUCUCUGCUCUCUCUGACUUCAUGGAUGUACUGGAGGCUCCCCUUCAGAUUCACAAGCCAAAUAAGUACAAAAUCGUGUCGAUGGACAUCCCCAUUUGCAAAGGAGACCUCGUUUUCUGUGUCGACGUCCUUGAUGCCCUCACCAAGGACUUCUUCGCUCGCAAAGGAAAUCCCAUUGAAGACUCUGGCGAUAUGGGUGACGUAGGACCUCCCGCCGAUAGACCUGGCUAUGAACCUAUAUCCUCAACCCUAUGGCGCCAGCGUGAGGAGUACUGCGCGCGGCUAAUACAGCAAGCGUGGCGCAAACACCGCCACCUCAAAGACCAGUCUUCGGUAUCUGGCAGCGAUUCCAUGGAGGAUUUCAGGCAAGCAGACACUGCCGUCCUGGUCGAAAGUGAUGGAUAUGUAACAAAAAACGGCCAUAAGGUGGUGAUUCACUCGCGUUCGCCAUCGUUGCCGUCAAGGUCCACAGAUGUGUGACUGCAAAAAUGCGAGUACUAGAAUUAUAAGGUGUAACUAAACGGGCCAAUUGUAAAUCACUUUACUGACAGAUCCAGGAGCGUUAUUAAGAAUUUAACUUGUUAACUAAUGUACAUACUGAUGACUUCACUCCUAAUGCCUUGUUGUUUAAGUUUACAGUCCAACUGUCCUCAUCAGCUUCCCGAUCUUCGAGUGCCACGCCCUCUGUGCAGAUAUUACUGGCCUAAGUGAUUCACUAUAUGUUUAUUUUUGUAUUUAACAUUCUGAACGAUUAUUAGGCCCUUAGUUACUCGUCUUGGUACUGCUGCUGGGUUCAAGCGAGGCUGGGUGCGCCUGCUCUUCACGGGCUCCUUCCCUUCAACCCAAUUCAUAGCCACUCACAAGCGCCCGCAUUUUCUAGUUGUACUAAUAUACGGUGUAAUGGCCACCAUUAUAAGUUUAGACAGCCAGACAAAACCACACACACACACGCACACGCGCACACACAAACACAAACACACACACACACACACACACACACACACACACACACACACACACACACACACACACACACACACACACACACACACACAAACACACACACACACACACACACACACACACACACACUGUAAAAGGGGGCACAGAGAUCAGUUGCCAGCCCAGCCUCCCAACCCCCAAAAACCAAUGACCAUCUCCUACAGAUCCAGAUACUAUAGGCUCCUCUUCAUCUCACCUCUGCCCUUGCUAGUUUGGAGGCGUUGCUGUCCUUUCGUUAUUAAUGUAACCCCUCCUCUGCCUAUGUAGUCUACGUUGAUUUAUUGGCUACAAGAACAUGAUACGCCGUAGGAGGAGCCUCGUUAGAAACGAAGUUGUAUCGGAAGAUGUCAGACUGAUGAAUACAGAUAGGGUGCAUGUGUUUGUGUCUAUAUAUGUACAUACAUCCGAAUGCAC